AUGUCAGACGCUCGAGAUGUGGACGACCGUGUGGAUUUCGAGGAGGGUAGCUACAGUGAGAUGGAGGAUGAAGUGGAGGAGGAACAAGUAGAAGAAUACGAAGAGGAAGAGGAAGAAGAAGACGAGGAUGAUGAUGUUGGUGGCGUGAACCAAAAUGCUGAAGAGGGUUAUGCUGACAGGAAAGGAGAGGAUAGGGAAGAAGGUCAGGAGGAGUUAGCUGAAGAUGACGACAACCAUAUUGAUAUUGAGACGGCAGAAGAUGAAGAGAAAUCAGCGUCUCCCAUUGAUGAAGAAGAUAGAGAGAAGUUUUCUCAUCUUCUUUCACUUCCUCCUCAUGGUUCUGAGGUUUUCAUCGGCGGGAUGCCAAGGGAUGUUGGGGAAGAGGAUCUGAGGGAUCUCUGUGAAGGCAUAGGCGAGAUCUUUGAGGUGAGACUGAUGAAAGAUAGGGACUCUGGUGAGAGCAAAGGCUAUGCUUUUGUAGCUUUCAAAACGAAAGACGCUGCACAAAGGGCCAUUGAGGAGUUGCACAGCAAAGAGUUUAAGGGAAAAACCAUAAGAUGCUCUCUUUCGGAAACUAAGAAUAGGUUAUUUAUUGGUAACAUCCCAAAGAGCUGGACUGAGGAUGAGUUUAGAAAAGUGAUAGAGGAUGUUGGUCCUGGAGUGGAGAACAUCGAGCUCAUAAAGGAUCCAACGAAUUCCACUCGUAACCGUGGUUUUGCAUUUGUUUUAUACUACAACAAUGCAUGUGCUGAUUAUUCAAGGCAGAAAAUGAUAGAUUCUAGCUUUAAGCUUGAGGGCAACGUUCCAACUGUGACUUGGGCAGACCCAAAAAGCUCUCCUGAGCAUUCAGCUGCUGCUGCUCAGGUGAAAGCUCUGUAUGUGAAGAAUAUUCCAGAGAAUACCUCAACAGAGCAACUGAAGGAAAUCUUUCAAAGACAUGGAGAAGUGACUAAAAUCGUCACUCCUCCUGGAAAAGGUGGAAAACGUGAUUUCGGGUUUGUCCACUAUGCUGAAAGGUCUAGUGCACUCAAGGCUGUCAAAGAUACCGAGAGAUAUGAAAUCAACGGUCACCCACUAGAAGUGGUGCUUGCUAAACCCCAGGCUGAAAGGAAACAUGACUCAUUGUCUUACUAUGGGGCUGCACCUACUCCUGCCCCUUUUACGCAUCCCACGUUUGGUGGUUUUGCUGCGCCUCCUUAUGCUGCUAUGGGUUCUGGUUUGGGUAUUGCCGGUGGUUUUAAUCAGCCAAUGAUCUAUGGUAGAGGAGCAAUGCCAACAGGGAUGCAAAUGGUUCCAAUGCUUCUUCCUGAUGGCCGAGUCGGCUAUGUUCUGCAACAGCCUGGUAUGCAGAUGGCACCGCCACCGCGACCGAGAAGAGGAGACCGGAAUAACGGGUCAAGCGGAGGGUCAGGCCGAGAUAGCCAUGAUCAUGAUGGUGGUAGCCGAGGAGGACGAAGGUACCGACCCUACUAG